AUGGUAUGGCCAUUUGGAUCCGGGAAGGAAAAGAGCAACGACAAUGGCUCCAAUGCAAAGACCAAGCAGCCAGUGUCCUGGUCUGAUUCGCUGAGCAUAUCAACUCCCGACCAGUUCGCCGCAGCAAAAGAAUGGGCGCCCAUGGUUGUGUUCUCUCUGGUUGGCCUCGGCGCAUUGCAGCUCUACUCGAAUUACCUUCGUCGGAUUCCAGGAGCCGCAUUUGUGCGACCGUCCUUUUUCCGAAGCCGGAGCCUCUACGGUCGAGUGACAAGCGUGGGAGAUGGCGACAACUUCCACAUGUUCCAUACGCCGGGGGGUAAAGCCGUGGGCUGGGGCUGGUUCAGGCGAAUUCCCAACACGAGGAAGGACUUGAAGGAUCGAACGAUUCCAAUUCGCAUCGCAGGCGUCGAUGCACCCGAGGGUGCUCACUUUGGGAAGCCGGCCCAGCCAUUCGCUGCUGAGGCUCUCAAGUGGCUGUCAGACUACCUUCUGCACCGCAAUAUUCGGGCAUACGUCUACAAGCGAGACCAGUAUAAUCGAAUUGUGGCAACUGUCUACGUUCGGCGUUUUCUCAUUCGGAGAAACGUGGGCUUGGAAAUGGUAAAGCGCGGUCUUGCAACGACUUAUGAAGCCAAAUCUGGAGGCGAAUAUGGCGGGUUAAAAGAAGUUUAUGAGAAGGCUGAGGCCAAGGCCAAGAGGCAGCGAAAGGGCAUGUGGGCUGGAAACCAGAAUGAGUUUGAGAGCCCACGACAGUACAAAGACAAGUGGGGUAAGCAUGAAAAACCAAGCUGA